AUGUUGCCAUCGCAUUGGGGGUGGUGGCUGACCUCUUGCACUUUUGCCAAAGUCUUGGUGGCCUCGGCCGUCUUCGCCGAGAACACCUCCUGGGCCGGAGCCUACGAUGCCGAGACAAAGGUCAAUGGCAGCUGCGAAGGGUCCAACAAAUGUCAACCAGGAGUGUUGCUCCCCGUCUGGCAGCCGGACAACCCAUCCUUCGGCGACAAGGCUGCCAGGGCCAUUGUCUACUUUGUUGCCAUGAUGUACAUGUUCCUGGGAGUCUCCAUCAUCGCCGACCGCUUCAUGGCAUCCAUUGAGGUCAUCACCUCCAAGGAGAAGGAGAUAACCAUCACCAAGUCCAAUGGCGAGACCAGCAUUGGAACUGUGAGGAUCUGGAACGAGACGGUCUCCAACCUCACCCUCAUGGCUUUGGGUUCGUCGGCGCCAGAGAUCCUCCUCUCGGUGAUUGAGGUCUGCGGCCACAACUUCCAAGCCGGCGAGUUGGGUCCUGGCACCAUCGUGGGCAGCGCGGCCUUCAACAUGUUUGUGGUCAUUGCUGUGUGCGUCUACGUUAUCCCCAACGGUGAGAGCCGCAAGAUCAAGCACCUGAGGGUGUUCUUCGUCACAGCUUCCUGGAGCAUCUUCGCCUACAUCUGGUUGUACCUGAUCUUGGCGGUCUUCUCGCCAGGGAUCGUGCAAGUGUGGGAGGCCUUGCUGACCCUCGUCUUCUUCCCGGUCUGCGUGGUCUUUGCCUGGAUGGCGGACAAGCGCCUGCUCUUCUACAAGUACGUCUACAAGAGGUAUCGGGCAGAUCCUCGCAGCGGCAUCAUCAUCGGCACCGAGGGUGAGUUCCCCAAGGGGAUAGAGAUGGACGGCAGCUUUGUAGGCAAUGACCACCGGGAGAGCGUCUUCGUGGAUGGGAGCGUGGCCUCCGUGGCCCCGCUCCCCAUCACCACCCAGGAGGAGAAGGAGCUGGAUGAGAGCCGCAAGGAGGUCAUCCAGAUCCUCAAAGACCUUAAGCAGAAGCACCCGGACAAGGAGUUGGACCAGUUGGUUGAGAUGGCCAACUAUUACGCCCUGUUGCACCAGCAGAAAAGCCGGGCUUUCUAUCGCAUCCAGGCCACGCGGAUGAUGACAGGGGCGGGGAACAUCCUCAAGAAGCACGUCUCCGAGUUCUCCAAGAAGUCCGUGAACCUGCUGGAGGUGCCUUCAGAAGCAGAGGCAGAAGAGAACUACAGUAAGAUCUUCUUUGAGCCGUGCAUGUACCACUGCCUGGAGAACUGCGGCUCGGUCACGUUGACUGUGGCUUGCCAGCAGGGCGGCGACACCUACAACACCUUCUACGUGGACUACAAGACGGAGGACGGCUCGGCCAAGGCGGGCUCCGACUACGAGUUCAGCGAGGGGACGCUGAUCUUCAAGCCCGGCGAGACGCAGAAGGAGCUGAAGAUUGGCAUCAUCGAUGAUGACAUCUUUGAGGAAGAUGAGCACUUCUUCGUCCGGCUGCUCAACCUGCGGGUGGGGGACGCAGAGGGCAUGUUUGAGUCCGAUUCGGCUGACCACCCCAAGGGCAGGCUCGUGGCGCCGCUGGUGGCCACCGUGACCAUUUUGGACGACGACCACGCCGGCAUCUUCACCUUCCAGGAUAAACUAUUGAGGGUCAGCGAGUGCCAAGGGACCCUGGAGGUCAAGGUCAUCCGCAGUUCAGGGGCCCGUGGGACGGUCAUGGUCCCCUACCAGACGGUGGAAGGGACGGCGCGAGGAGGGGGAGUGGACUAUGAAGACUCCUGCGGGGAGCUGGAGUUCAACGACGACGAAACAGUGUAAGUAAACAGUGCUGAUUCUUUCCUUGCUUGUUCAAUGUAUUUUUAAAAUUUGGUUUUACAUAUUUAAAUUUAUAAUCAUAUCGCAACACAUCCAAAGUUACAAGAUCCCUCCAAAUCUCUGUACUUUCCCCCUUCCCCUCUGUGGGUUCUGUUGUUAAACCUUUUCUACUGCAUCUCUCUCUUUUUUUAAUAAUCCAAAUUUUUAUAACUCCAUUGUGACCAUAGUUCUUGUUAUACCAUGAGUGUUAUUGCAGACGUGCUAAGACUUUCAACUGCUUACAGUGGUCUUCAAGAUAAGUUAUAAUUUUCCCCCAUUCCUUUUUUAAAUUUUGGUCUUCCUGGUUCCUAAGCUUUCCGGUCAUUUUUGCCAUUUUGGCAUAGUCCAUCGACUUAGUUUGCCAUUCUUCUCUGGUAGGGACUUUAUCUCCUUCCCAUCUCUGGGACAAUAACAUCCGCACAGCUGUCGUCACAUACUUGAAAAGUCUUUUCUGCUCCCUUAGAAUUUCAGCACCUACAAUUCCUAAUAGAAAAGCCUCCGACUUUUUGUUUUUUUAAAAAUAAAAGUUAUUUUAAACAUUUAUCCCCCUUGAUUCAUUAUAUAUCAUUUCCCAGAAUGCUUUUAUUUAUUUAUUUUUCCCUCUUGGGUGAGCAAAAGCGAGGCAGACAGGUUGGAAUUGAAUUAUUUACCGUAUUUUUCGCUCUAUAAGACGCACCAGACCACAAGACGCACCUCGUUUUUGGAGGAGGAAAACAAGAAAAAAAAUAUUCUGAAUCUCAGAAGCCAGAACAGCAAGAGGGAUCGCUGUGCAGUGAAAGCAGCAAUCCCUCUUGCUGUUCUGGCUUCUGGGAUAGCUGCGCAGCCUGCAUUCGCUCCAUAAGACGCACACACAUUUCCCCUUACUUUUUAGGAGGGAAAAAGUGAGUCUUAUAGAGCAAAAAAUACGGUAACUGUUUCCCAGCACACCAGGGGCCUUCCAGGGGCCCAAAGGCCUUCACCUAAUGUUCUCUGUUCUCUGAAGCCAACCCAGGAUAUAGGGUCCGGAUCCCCACGAAACUUUGCCUCCCUAUAGUCACCCCACUCAGUCGGCUCAAAUGGGUAUUGAAAGGUGCUGAGUGGUCAAGUGGGGGGCCGGACUAUAUUUUGGGGAAAAAAUGAACGAAUUCCUGUGCCCCACAAAUAACCAAGAGAUGCAUUUUAAAUAAAAGCACACAUUCUACUCAUGGAAAAACAUGCUGAUUCUCGGACCGUCCAUGGCGAUUGGGCUGGAUCCGGCCCCCGGGCCUUAGUUUGCCUACUCAUGCAUUAACCACGCACAGAAUCCCUUCAGUCACAUGUCUCACAACGUCUUUCUCCUGAGUUUCCAAUUCCUUCGCCCCCCCCCCAAUGCUUAUCAAAGCGAUCAAGAGCUCUGGUUUCUUUUACUUUUUCAUUUAAAAUGAUCCCUUCUCCGGGCUGGCCAAGACUCGCCCCCCACCCCCCAGUCGCCACAUAAUUGAAAAUAUAGACAUUUUAUUAGAUCAAGUGUGAGAGAGGAGGGCUGCAAUUUUAUGCAUUACACCUUUAAAGAGAAAUUUUGUCUGAAAAGCUUUCCUCCGAACUGGCACUCCAUAAAUUAAAGCAAUAAUUUUAAACUGCCUUUUCCUAGGCAUCUAUCCAAACAUUUUAGGGUGUGUAUGUGUGUGUGAGAGAGAGCGAGCGAGCGAGCUUGUUUUAAAGGCUGGGACUGGAGCCAAAUGAACUGAGUGAGAAAGUUGAGACUCCCCUUCUUUCUCUCCUUAUGGUUUAAUCAAUUACCGUAUUUUUCUGUGUAUAAGACUAGAUUUCUCCCCUAAAAGAUAAUGUCAAAAAUUAGGGGGUGUCUUAUACACGGAUAGUGCCGAGGGUGGAUUUUCUUAAAUCUGAGUCCCCCAAAAUAGGGGGGCGUCUCAUACAUGGAGGCAUCUUAUAGACGGAAAAAUGUGGUAAUUACUAUGGUCUAGAAACCUGAAUGGGACGUGGGUGGCGCUGUGGGUUAAACCACUGAGCCUUGGGCUUUGAAUCCGCGCGACGGGGUGAGCUCCCGUUGCUCGGUCCCUGCUCCUGCCCACCUAGCAGUUCGAAAGCACGUCAAAUUGCAAGUAGAUCAAUAGGUACCACUCCAGCGGGAAGGUAAACACCGUUUCCGUGCGCUGCUCUGCUUCGCCAGAAGCGGCUCAGUCCUGCUGGCCACAUGACCCGGAAGCUGUACUCCGGCUCCCUUGGCCAAUAAAGCGAGAUGAGCGCCGCAACCCCAGAGUCAGUCAUGACUGGACCUAAUGGUCAGGGGUCCCUUUACCUGUACCUUUAUAAACCUGAAUAGGCUCAGUGGUUCAGUGUUGUUGAUGGUCAGCUAUUCUGGGCUGGACCUUCCCUGGUCUUGAGACCUGACCGUGGGUCAUUACUGCACCAGCAGGACUGGGGGUCAGUGUGGGGCAGCAGCGGCAGCAGCAGAGUACACCGGAAGCUGCCUUAGUAUGGCCCAUCUGACUCAGCAUUGCCAAUUCUGACUGGCAGGGACUCUCUCUCUUUUUUAAAAAAAAUAAUUUUUAUUAAUAAUUUCAACAUAGCAAAUUAUCACAACAUAUCAUCUUCAUCAAUCCCCCCCAAUUUCCCCCCUCCCCCCAGACUUCCCUCAGCUCCUCUCUCUGAUUGUUCAGCACACAUUGUUCUCUGCAUAUUAUAAAAUUAUAAAGACCCUUAAAUUAUGUAUCUAUUAUGUUAACAAUCAAAAAAAAUUGUGUAUGUUUAUUCAAAGCCUGCCAAGGAGUCCAAUUCAUUUUGUUGUUUUUUUAAGUAGUUUGUAAAAAGUUCCCAUUCUUCUUUAAAGUCACAGUUGUCCUUGUCUCACAGUUUGUAUGUCAAUUUCACCAGUUCUGCAUAAUCCAUCAGUUUCUCUUGCCACUGUUCUUUUGUCGGGAUUUCCUCGUUCUUCCAUCCUUGUGCUAGUAAGACGCUUGCCGCCGUUGUCGCGUACUUAGAUAAAUUCUUUAUUUUCCUUGGCAGGUCUUUCCCUAAAAUCCCUAACAGAAAUGCCUCAGGUUUUUUUAAAAUAAAUAAAUGUUAAUUUAAACAUUUUCUUCAACUCGUUAUAUAUCAUUUCCCAGAACUUUUUAAUUUCUCUACAUUCCCACCACAUAUGGUAAAGGUAGGGACUCUUCAUGGCGUGAAUCAGCCCAGAAACAGGCUGCUCUGGUGAUAAGCAGCAGUCGUUGUUUUGCACGCGGCUUAGGGACAAGGGAAGCUAUAUGAAACACAUAAAGAAGACAGCAAGAAAGGAUUUAGUUAUACUAGAUCUAGGUUUUAAACGGAAGUGAUUGAAGGGAAAGUGAAACUACUGAAGGCCGCAUACAGCAUACUAUUAGAAUGGGAGACGAAAGAUGAAGAGGUAAAAUCAGUUAUGAUUAAAUGGGCACAAGAUGUAGGUCACAACAUUAUAAUGGAAGAUUAGGUUAAAUUAUGGAAAACUGAUUUAAAAUUUACAGAUUGUUCCCUAUUGAAGGAGAAUUACAUGAAGAUGAUGUACAGAUGAUACACAACACCAGUGCAGUUAGGGAAAAUGAACAAAACUAGUUCAAAUAUAUGUUGGAAGUGUAAGGAAAAGGAGAGGACAUUUUAUCAUAUGUGGUGGGAUUGUAAGGUAAUUAAAUUUUUUUGGGAAAUGAUAUACAACGAAUUGAAGAAAAUGUUCCAUUUAACAUUUGUUUAAAAACCCGAGGCAUUUUUGUUGGGGAUUGUAGAGAAAGACCUGCCAAAAAAGUUGAAAAACAUCUUCAUGUAUGCGACAACGGCCGCGAGAGUUCUGGUAGCACAAGGAUGGAAGACUGAAGAAACCCCAACAAAAGAAUCGCGGCAAGAAAAAUUGAUGGACUAUGCAGAACUGGAAAACUGACAUAUAAGAUACGGGACAAGGAUAACUGUGACUUUAAGGAUGAAUGGGAACCCUUUACAAAGUAUCUGAAGACGCAACAAAGCGAACUGGACUACUCGGCAGGUUUUUUUAUUGAUAACAAUCAGCUAAAUAGUUUGAGGAUCCAUACAACUUUGUAAUAAUAAUCAUAAUAAUAAUCAUAAUCAUAAUCAUAAUUUAUUAUUUAUACCCCGCCCAUCUGGCUGGGCCUCCCCAGACACUCUGGGCGGCUUCCAUAGAAACCAAAAAUACACUAAAAUAUCACACGUUAAAAGCUUCCCUAAACAGGGCUGCCUUAAGAUGUCUUCUGAAUGUCAGGUAGUUGUUUAUCGUUUUGACAUCUGGUGGGAGGGCGUUCCACAGGGCGGGCGCCACUACCGAGAAGGCCCUCUGCCUGGUUCCCUGUAGCUUUGCUUCUCUCAAUGAGGGAACCGCCAGGAGGCCCUCGGCGCUGGACCUCAGUGGCCGGGCAGAACGAUGGAGGUGGAGACGCUCCUUCAGGUAGACUGGACCAAGGCCGUUUAGGGCUUUAAAGGUCAGCACCAACACUUUGAAUUGUGCUCAGAAACGUACUGUAACAUGCAGAAAACAGCAUUUUUAGAGAAACCAAAGACUGAAACUGAGGGAAGCCGGGGGGUGGGGUGGGAGUGGGUGAGGAGGGAGGAAAAAUGGGGGGGAGCAAGGAUGAUAUGUUUUUGGAUAAUAUGUCUUGUUAUAAUUUUGAAUAAAAAAUAUAUAAAAAAAUAGAAGGGACAAGGGAAGCUUCCUUAUAAGAAGCCUGAAGAUUGCUCCACCAAACCCCAGUAUUGCCAGCACGGACUGGCAGCAGCUCUCCAGAACUUCAGGCAGGAGGCGCUCCCAGCCCUACCUGCUGCCUGAACCUUCUGCAUGCAAAGCCAGUGCUGUGCCCGCUGAGCAGAGGCCCUUCUCAGAGGAGCCGCUGCCUUUUCCGAACGUAGGUUGAGGACUUUGGGGAGGAGAUGAGCUGAGCUGCUGCAGGAACAUCUCCUCUCUUCCCGCCUGCACUUCAUCUGUGUCGCUUCCCUCCGCCUGUCCCUGGGUCUGCCAGGCUCCAAAGAGGCAUAAAUUGCUAUUGAUUUUCUCGCUCUUGACGAGGCUUCAAGCCUCCAGUUCAUCAGCUAAUCCGGCUGUGCUGACAAGCCGGAGAGGGGAGCGGGGAAUGAACGAGCCGUUCCAGGGCAGCCUUCGCCAACCCGGUGCCCUCCAGCCGUUUCGGACUACAACUCCCAUCAGCCAGCCCCACACGGCGGCUGAGCCGUUGGUUCCUCGGGGCCCGGGCAGACUCAGAAAUCCAUGCAUCCAGAAAAAAACCUCUCCACCUUUCGAAUAAUUCCCAGCUUUGUUUGGGUGGACAUCAGUGGGGAAAUGACUCCACCAGGCCCUUCAUACAGAGGCUUCCUACCCCUCAGUUUUUGGGGGGAGUCUAAAGAGCUAAACAGGGAUGCAGGUGGCGCUGUGGGUUAAACCACAGAGCCUAGGACUUGCCGAUCAGAAGGUUGGCGGUUCAAAUCCCCACGACAGGGUGAGCUCCUGUUGCUCGGUCCCUGCUCCUGCCAACCUAGCAGUUCAAAAGCACGUCAAAGCGCAAGUAGAUAAAUAGGUACUGCUCCGGCGGGAAGGUAAACGCCGUUUCCGUGUGCUGCUCUGGUUCGCCAGAAGCGGCUUAGUCAUGCUGGCCACAUGAGCCGGAAGCUGUACAUCGGCUCCCUCAGCCAGUAAAGCGAGAUGAGCACCGCAACCCCAGAGUCGGCCACAACUGGACCUAAUGGUCAGGGGUCCCUUUACCUUUAAAGAGCUAAACGGCACACCCUCCCAGUGUCCCGAUUUUCCAGGGACAGUCCCGGACUUACAAAAGUCCUCCCGGCUUCUGAUUUGAUCACUGUGAGUGCUCCUGCCUUAAAAUGUCUCUCUGCAUGUCAUCCCUGUUCAGACUCAAUGCAUGGAAAGUGCUGUCAAAAGUAAGACAUUUUGUAGUCUGAGCACAGGCCAAAGAUGGAGAGGAAUGAAAAGCCAAAGAAAGGGGGUCAGAAGGCAGAAUCCCUACGACCACUAAUGCUCCUGCAUUGAGUCCUUCUCUGUCUUUUGCAAACCUCCUUUGCCAACCCCCCAUCACCCGUUCCUCAGAAGGUCCCCCCGGCAUAAGAGACAGAUUCCUCCUUUUUCAUUUCUUCUGCCCUGUUCUUGCUUCCUGACCCGGCAUUAUUCAUUCCUCAGCCGAGCCGGCUAGGAGAAAGGUCUCCUGUAUUUUUAAUGCCUGGUAUUACUGAGGUGCUGACAGGUUGUUUUUAUAAAUGAGCACAUCUUCUCCUUUUGGUGGCGUCUAGAUUAGAGAGAGGAAGAGAUGGAGGAGGAAAGAAAGAAAGGAAAAAGUGAGAAAGAGACUUUUGGAGGGUUAUAAUAAUAAUAGUUUCGGUCCUGGGAUUGGAGGCCAAUCAAUUACAGUCCUCCAGGAUGGCACUUAUCCCCCCAUCUUUCCGUUUGGCGAGGACGGUAGGCCACAGCAAAUGUCCCUGUUGCCAUGGGGAUGCCACAGAAAAUGGCAGCUUCUUCUCAUGGUGACUGAUCCCUUCUUGGCCUGCAAAUGUUUAGAAGUGCAGCGAGCCUGUCUGCCUUAGCUUAGCUCCCACAAAUCGCUUUGCUGGCAGCAUAAGCAGAAAAGAUACCAUCAGGCAACCAUGAGGGGAAGGGGAUGUAAUGGAAUGAGGAAAGAGGGAACCCUCACCUGUGGACUAGGGACCACAAGAGUCAUCUAGCCCACCCCCCUGCAAUGCAGAAAUCCUUUACCCAAGUGGGGCUCCAACCUGAGAUCCAGAGAUUAAGAGUCUCUACUGACGGAGCUAUGCCUGCAAAGUGGAUGGCUGAGGAGCUAGAGAGGGCUGUGGAACCUGCGACCACUGGGAAUUGAGCCUCCCCUUCCCCGCUCUUCCAGCGGUAAAUCUCAAAAGCCAUUCACAAGAUCUGGAGCAGUCCAGUCCACACCUCUGGUUGGCCCUGCUCUGUACCGUUCUUGAGUGUUUCACUGUCCCUGAACGCUGAUAAUUGAAUUGAAUUUUAUUAUUACGGUCACACGUAUAGUUAAAGCUAUGGUUCUCCCAGUAGUGAUGUAUGGAAGUGAGAGCUGGACCAUAAAGAAGGCUGAUCGCCGAAGAAUGGAUGCUUUUGAAUUAUGGUGCUGGACGAGACUCUUGAGAGUCCCAUGGACUGCAAGAAGAUCAAAUGUAUCCAUUCUUAAGGAAAUCAGCCCUGAGUGCUCACUGGAAGGACAGAUCCUGAAGCUGAGGCUCCAAUACUUUGGCCACCUAAUGAGAAGAUAAGACUCCCUGGAAAAGACCCUGGUGUUGGGAAAGAUGGAGGGUGCAAGGAGAAGGGGACGACAGAGGACGAGAUGGUUGGAUAGUGUUCUCGAAGCUACCAGCAUGAGUUUGACCAAACUGCGGGAGGCAGUGGAAGACAGGAGUGCCUGGCGUGCUCUGGUCCAGGGGGUCACGAAGAGGCGGACACGACUAAACGACUAAACAACAACAUUACAGUCACAGACCAGUUCCGGCUCACUUACAAUAUCAGAAAAAUCAUAAAACAUAACAGGAAUACAUUGGAUUGCAAUUAGGUAUAACAGAGACAAUUCAGAUAUUGUGGCAGUUAAAAAUAUAUAUUAAAAUUUAACGCUGAUAAUGCCUUUUCCCUGCCUAGAUGGCAAGGGGUGCGAAUGUGUGUGGAAUCAUAGAGUUGGAAGGGACCCUGGGGGUCAUCCAGUCCAACCCCCUGCAAUGCAGGAAUCUCAGCUGAAGCCUCCAUGACAGGUGGCCACUCAACCUCCCCCACUGAAGGCGAGAGAGUCCACAACCUCCAGAGGAAGUCCGUUCCACUGUCGAACAGCUCCUACUUUCAGAAAGUCAGAAUCUCCUUUCUUGUGAAGCCAUUGAUUCAGGCCCUCGCCUCCAGGGCAGGAGAAGAGGUACCUGUAUGUUUCCGAGCACAAUUCAAAGUGUCGGUGCUGAUCUUUAAAGCCCUAAACGGCCUCGGUCCAGUAUACCUGAAGGAGUGUCUCCAUCCCCAUCAUUCUGUCUGUACGCUGAGGUCCAGUGCUGAGGGCCUUCUGGCAGUUCCCUCACUGCGAGAAGCCAAGUUACAGGGAACCAGGCAGAGGGCCUUCUCGGUAGUGGCGCCCGCCCUGUGGAACGCCCUCCCACCAGAUGUCAAAGAGAAGAACAACUACUAGACUUUUAGAAGACAUCUGAAGGCAGCCCUGUUUAGGGAAGCUUUUAAUGUUUGAUGCAUUACAGUAUUUUAAUAUUCUGUUGGAGGCCGCCCAAAGUGGCUGGGGAAGCCCAGCCAGAUGGGCGGGGUAUAAAUAAAUUGUUGUUGUUGUUGUUGUUCUUGUUGUUGUUAGAGCUGUUUGACAGUGGAAUGGUCUAUUUCGGAAGGUUGGAGUGGACCUUCCUUCUUUGGAGGUUUCUGAACAAAGGUUGGAUGGCUUCUUCAGCUGCAGGGGGUUGGGCUGAAUGACCCUAUGGGGUCCCUUCCAACUAUACAAAUCUACGAUUCUGUGUCGUAAGCCUCCAGAGGAACCUAUCUGGCUUCUGCCUGGAAUAGGCAGCUGAGCCAUUCACCUGUCCAAGGUGUGUGUGUGUGUGUGUGUGUGUGUGUGUGUGUGAUUCUUAUGUAAUGGGGAGGAGGAGUUGGCUUGGCUGAGAAGUGUUUAUCAAGAGUUCCCAGCCAAUUAGAAGGCUGGGCUGGGGGUCAAUCAGGCCCUGGGGAAUCCUCAAAGGGAGGAGGGGCAAGCGGGAAGAUUGAAAGGCCUCUCAAUUCCCUGGAGAGCGAAGAGAGAUCGUGAUUACUUUGCCAUCGGUGGAACAUUGCGUGCCUCUCUCUCUCUCUGUGUGUGUUGCUUUAAUUGGGUUUAAAAAUCUAUGUUUUGCUCUCGGCUGAGGUGCCACCUGCAAUUUUAGGCUUCCUGCUCUGCACAUUUCGGUCAUGUCUCCAGGUUUCUCUCACACUUAUUUUUAAAAAACGCAUGCCGGGAGUCCAAGCGCCGGAAGGAAGAACUCUGGCUCAUCUUGAUAACAUGGCAGGAAUUUCUAAGAGCUCUGGCUGUUGCUGCCGCUGAGGCAGAGAGACUGGCGAUGCCAACAGGUGGGGAAUUUGUCUUUUCUCCAGAUUUGCAUUCUGUCUGGAAUCAAUAUUGUUUUGAAAUUUUAUGGUAUUGUUUACAACGGCCAGCUGGUUUAUACAUUUCAAAUACUUUUUUUGGGGGGUGGAGGAGAAGUUCCCCCUCCUUCCGAAACAGAAUAUUUGAUUUAUUUAUAAAGGCAGUCAGUGACAAGCCAGCUGCCACUGCGGUGAUUGGUGGCGAGGUGGCUUGGCUGAGCGCCUGGCAAGUUUGACGUCCGCGUGGGCAUUGGAGGGGGCGGAAGGUGGAGAAGGUACCGUUUCAGGGGCGCAGGAUGAGCUCCGUGACCCUGUGCCCGGCAGAUCAGUGAUCUAACAGGAGAUGUUCCACAGAGGUUUAGGCCAUGGCAACGCAAAAGACGUAUGAGGAAGGCUAGAGGGUUCUGUGCUAAAAGAAACCUCCCAUAUACAUCUAUGUGUGCUCCCCCAUCUCUAAAAAAAAGAGCUGGAGUGUGUAUAAAUGUUGCUUAAAUUGCAAGAAGGGAGGCCUCCCUGCUGUUAUGUACUGAGUUGAAUAGGAUCCAAAAAGCAGCAGUCUGAUUGGUCCAAGAAUAAUAGGAUUCAGAAUGCAGCAGUCUGAUUGGUCCUAGAACAAUAGGGUCCAGAAUGCAGCAGUCUGAUUGGUCCUAGAACAAUGCAGCAGUAUGAUUGGUCCGCAGGAGCCACCCAAUCCAGCUCCAGGUGGAUGUGAAUCCGCAACCUGAUUGGCCUACAGGAGAAUCCCAGAAUUAGCCAGUCAUGUUCGACCCAUUGUGUAAAUAAUGUAUACAAAGCAGAUACUGUGGGGGAACUUUCAUUCCUCACUACUAUGAGCUGAAUAAAGAGCAUGAAAUCCACACUCGACUGCAUUGAGGGCCUUCCAAUCGAAAAUUCAACCAAGGGAAUGGAAACGGAGGCAGCAGCAAGGAGAGGUGUCAUAAAUUGUGGCAGUUCCCCUUUGCAUAGUUUAUUCUUCAGCAUUGCUCUUUUGCACAGUAAUAAUCACAAUAUCUUCUGCUUAGUAUCAUAGAAUUAGAAGGGACCACAAGAGUUCAUCCCCUUGCAGUGCAGGAAUCUUUUACCAAAGUUGGGCUCGAACCCAUGACCCAAAGAUGAUGAUGAUGAUGAUGAUGAUGAUUAAUUUAUUUAAUCAUUUUUUUUUAUACAAACAGCAACCACAAAAGACACUACAACAAAAACCAUAACAACAACAAUAAUAACACAAUUUGACAAUUCAGAUUUAAAUACACAGAUAUACCUAUGACUGCACCCUUUUGACAAUAUUUCCCCAUCUCUCUCUCCUCCCCCCACUUCCCGCCUCUAUCCGCCUUAUCGCUUAAAUAUUCAUUCCAGAUUUCUUCAUGUUUAUCCAUUCUUAAUUUGCGUCGACAUGCAAUUCGUUCAUAUGUAGCUACUCUGUCCGUAUUAUCAACCCAUGUGCUCAAUGGAAUCUUUUUGCGGCUCUUCCAGUUCAUCAAAACAAGAGAUUAAGGGAAACGGCUUGCGUCUUUGGUCCGAGAAGUAUGAGUUGGGGAGCUUCUCCUCACUGAAAGCAAAAGAGAAGCAACUUCUUCCCCAUCCUCUGUUAUGCAGGCCGAUCGCCAAGGCUGCCUCCUGCCUUUCCUAUGUUCCUAAUUGCCUGGGAUUCUCAAGUCGCUAAGAGUGGUGGCUCAGCUGCGGAAUGGGAAAAAGCCUCAGUGGAACUGCCCACUCUGUCCCUGCAGUUUUACACCAGAAGGGCUCUUUGCUGCGGCUUCCCUCCUCCUCCUGCUUCUCCUCCUCCUCGGCCAUCUGUAUCAGUUGCAGGCAAGAGGUCCCCUCUGAUGAUGCCCAAUUGGUUCUGCGCUUUGCAGAGUGGGAGGAAGCAGAAAAAUGCCUUUCUCGGCAGGGCAGCUGCACUCACAACCUCACAGCUUCCUGAGCCAAGAGCUUGGCAGCGGCUGGCGACUCGGUUGGAGCCAGGUCUUGAUUACACAUGGGGAUGAGUACUCCAAAGGGGAGGGGCUGUUAGAGUGGGAGCUGUUGUUGUUAUAAUAUAGUACCAUCCGUAUUGGCGAUUAAGGUCUAACUGUAGGGCCAUAAGAACGCCCCCCCAACGCCUUUCUGAGAAAGGAGAGGUCCGUCAGGAGAACAAGGCUGGCAUUGAUGGAACAGGCUCAAAUGUUUAUUAUUCAAGGUUGUAAAGAGAUAAGCAGGGACGCGGGUGGCGCUGUGGGUAAAAGCCUCAGCGCCUAGGGCUUGCCGAUCGAAAGGUCGGCGGUUCGAAUCCCCGCGGCGGGGUGCGCUCCUGUUGCUCGAUCCCAGCGCCUGCCAACCUAGCAGUUCGAAAGCACCCCCGGGUGCAAGUAGAUAAAUAGGGACCGCUUACUAGCGGGAAAGGUAAACGGCGUUUCCGUGUGCUGCGCUGGCUCGCCAGAUGCAGCUUGUCACGCUGGCCACGUGACCCGGAAGUGUCUCCGGACAGUGCUGGCCCCCGGCCUCUUAAGCGAGAUGGGCGCGCAACCCUAGAGUCUGUCAAGACUGGCCCGUACGGGCAGGGGUACCUUUACCUUUUAAAAGAGAUAAGCAGACUCAGGAAUGCACACUGCCCUGGUGUGGUGGGGCUGGUGGGGCCAUUGCAGGAAGGAGGGGGGGGCAAGCCCAUGUAAGGACAUAGGAACUUACUAUAACUUCCGAUUUCCCAGAAAUCAGAUGGUUUACAAGAAAUCAGGUGGUAUUGUAUUCUGCAAAUGUAUAAAAAGCAGGCACGGUCAGAAUUGUGUGUGCAGAUUCCGAGCUUAUCGCGCUGUACCUUUGUCCUGCAUAUGCAUUUCAAAUAAAUCCUGUUGAAUCCUGCAAGGUUGGUUGCCACUUCGUGUGAAUCUGUGCUCCAGGGACCCAAUAGCAGAUAUGGAAAAUGUCCAACAUAACCAGGCUUGCGUGUUGAGCCCACUGCUUUUCGGAAGCGGCCAGCUUAGAACCGCCAGGAGCGAUGCCUCAAUGCCUUCCAGAGGCACUCUGUCCUAAGGAUUUGGGGCAGAAUUCCACGCACAAGAUGCGCUCUUGCAAGUUCACAUUCCCAGCAUGUCUGCACUCCUAUCUCAGCAACAUCUACCCAGGCUGAGACCCUACCUGCCCACAGACUGUCUUGCCAGAGUGGUGCAUGCUCUGGUUAUCUCCCGCUUGGACGACUGCAAUGCGCUCUACGUGGGGCUACCUUUGAAGGUGACUCGGAAACUACAACUAAUCCAGAAUGCGGCAGCUAGACUGGUGACUGGGAGCGGCCGCCGAGACCACAUAACACUGGUCUUGAAAGACCUACAUGGGCUCCCAGUACAUUUCCGAGCACAAUUCAAAAUGUUGGUGCUGACCUUUAAAGCCCUAAAUGGCCUCAACCCAGUAUACCUGAAAGAGUGUCUCCACCCCCAUUGUUCAGCCUGGACACUGAGGCCCAGCUCCAAGGGCCUUCUGGCAAUUCCCUCACUGCGAGAAGUGAAGUUACAGGGAACCAGGCAGAGGGCCUUCUUGGUCGUGGCACCCGUCCUGUGGAACGCCCUCCCACCCGAUGUCAACGAAAUAUAUAACUCACUGACUUUUAGAAGACAUCUGAAGGCAGCCCUGUUUAGGGAAGUACUUAAUGUUUGAUGUUUUGUUGUGUUUUUAAUAUUCUGUUGGGAGCUGCCCAGAGUAGCUGGGGAGGCUCGGUCAGGGUAUAAGUAAUAAAUUAUUAUUAUUAUUAUUAUUAUUAUUAUUAUUAUUAUUAUUAUCCCCUCCAACAACCGGAUGAUUCAAAUCUGGGUGCUUGCUUUUUGGUUUCAAGCUCUCGCAGGAGCCAGCUGACUCAUGCCGGACUGCAGGACCAAAAAUCGGGGCAUUCUGGGAUGCAUUCAGAAGCUAGGAUGGCUCCUGCAAUUCCGGGAUGCCCUGCUUAAAUUGGGACGGUUGAGUGGUAUGCAUUCAGUCCCUGAGACUGAGGUCGCCAUCUCCUGCUUUGCAUCGCAGCCACGGUAAGCUGUUGCUUGGCGAGUCCCACCCCCCCAUGGAAAUAAAGACACAUGACACAAUUAUUUAAGGUUAAUGGGCUAAAUAUGGCCACAACUUUAUUAGUUACAGGUGAUGAGCGGUAUUGACUUAGGCAUUGGUCCUAACAGACUAUCCGGCUUCAGCCUGUUUGCUUGAAGUCCGGGAAGGGUUAACCCCAGUAGGGGGAGUCCUGCUGAUGCACUGGUAUGCGGGGAAAAGAGGGAGAUCCCUGACUGUGCCUGCAUUUAAAUCGUGCUGUCCACGCCCCCAAAGCCAGCCGAUUGGCUGGCCAGGGGGUGACACGGCUGGGGCCGUGAUGCCCGCAAUCCCACCUCCUCCGCAGGGCAGAAGUGGCUUUCUUCCACAAAUUCCAGAGCUAGUGGCUCUCCUAACUGUAUCUACACAAAGGUAAAUUCUAUUGAGUUCCGUGGGGGUUUAACCCCAGGUAAGUGUGUUUUGGAUGGCAGCCUAAGUGGAAAGCAGGUUUAAGAGCUAAGCUUCCCUAAGCUUUUGCUCAAAGCUCCCAGCAUGUUUUUAGACCACUAGAUGCCACUUCUUUUCCAGACCUAAGAAUAGAAGCCAGGAGUCGAGGCUCCGAGACCUUAAUUGGCCCUCACUUCCCGUCUUCCACACUGAUAGCGAUAAAGCACAGAAGUACCUGCCCGCCGUCCUAUCACUAGACAUCAGUUCCAACCCAUCGAAGCAGAGAAAAACAUUCCGAUUCUGGAAUCCAGCGUUUGUGUAAAGAGAGAGAGAGAAAUAUUUAUAAAUGAGAGUCUAGCCUGUUGAUCUUUAAUGACCCCAAUCUAUUUCAUUUCAGUAAAUUAGGCAGGUCACAUUCGCAAGGCAGGACACAGGCUCUCUGCUCCAGACAGCAUUGGCGCCUUGGUGCAAGACAUGAAGGAUGGCAAAGAUCAGUGAUCUUGCAGGCUUGUAGGGAAAGGCUGUGCUGAAUUGUACUGUGUAGUCCCAUAGGCUUCCUCAAACUGGGCCCUCCAGAUGUUUUGAGACUACAAUUCCCAUCAUCCCUGACCACUGGUCCUGCUAGCUGGGGAUCAUGGGAGUUGUAGGCCAAAAACGUCUGGAGGGCCCAGUUUGAGGAAGCCUGGUGUAGUCCACAGGCUGUCGCAGUUGCAGGGGGGAAGCCUCUGGACGUAGAAGUAACAUUACCCUAGUAUAUGUAUCAGAUAGAUGGAGCUGGUAGACAGCUGCCCUGGACUACAGAAUUGACCUGCGCCUCCAUUGGCAGCUGUGAGUCCAAAAUGAAGAGUGCUUAUCUCUCAUUGAAUCUUCUUCUUCUUCUUCUUCUUCUUCUUCUUCUUCUUCUUCUUCUUCUGCGAUCACUCGUAGUCGAGUAAGAUUGUCUCCCAUGAAUACGGUCCUAACAGUAUGUCUGUAAGUGACUAUGGAGGCCAAUUCUGGAUCCGCACAUCCUUCCACAGUGGGGACGUUGGUUCCCGGGCAGGAGUUGAUCACAGAGAGGAUUUGUCUUCCUCUUAGCACGUUUCUCCCUUUUGUCCUGAGUUCAAGCUUCUUCAAAACCCAUGAUGCCUUUGGUAAAGGCUGUUCUGCAACUGGAGCACUCACAGACUAGUGAUUCCCAGUUGUCAGUGUUUAUACUACUUUUUAAAGACUUUUGAGCAUCUUUAAACCUCUUUUGUUGUCCACCGGCAUUACGCUUUCCAUUUUUAAGUUCAGAAUAGAGUACAGUGGUACCUCAGGUUAAGUACUUAAUUCGUUCCGGAGGUCCGUUCUUAACCUGAAACUGUUCUUAACCUGAAGUGCCACUUUAGCUAAUGGGGCCUCCUGCUGCUGCCGCGCUGCCGGAGCACGAUUUCUGUUCUCAUCCUGAAGCAAAGUUCUCAACCUGAAGCACUAUUUCUGGGUUAGCAGAGUCUGUAACCUGAAGCGUAUGUAACCUGAAGCGUAUGUAACCCAAGGUACCACUGUAGUUUCUUUGGAAGACGAUCUUCAGGCAUCUGCACUACAUGGCCAGUCCAACAAAGUUGAUGUUGAAGAAUCAUUGCUUCAACACUGGUUGAUCUUUGCUUCUUCCAGUACACUGGCAUUAGUUUGUCUUCCCAAGUCAUAUGUAAAAAUUUUCGGAGACACCGUUGGUGGAAUCUUUCGAGGAGUUGGAGAUGGCGUUUAUAAGCUGUCCAUGUUUCACAAGCGUACAGUAAGGUUGGUAGUACAAUAGCUUUGUAAACAAGCAUUAUGGCUUCCCUGUGAAUGUCCCAGUCCUCAAACACUCUGCUUUUUAGUCGGGAGAAAGCCGCACUCACCAUGCUCAGGCGAUGCUGGAUUUCGGCAUCAAUGUCAGCCCUUGUGGAAAGAUAACUGCCUACGUAGGGAAAAUGAUCACUUUUCUCAUUGAGUAACAGUAGCCAGUUCCCACCCAUCUUGUGAUUAGGUGAAAUACCUCCAGUCAGUAAGAUGUUUGUUUGGGUUCUUCUAGGCAUGUGAGCCAGAUCUCCUGGGUUCCUUCCCAGUAUUCAGAGGUACACAUUGUAUCUGCUGCUGGAUGUAACACAGCCAUCCUUCCUGGUAGUCAAUUAUAGCCUUCCAUGAAUCUAAUUUGGGGAAAUGGUGUGUCGCUUGCGUACCUAACGAUGGGAGGGGCCCCCAGUUAGCGUCGCAAACGGGCCAGAGGGGCUUUAAAAGCUUUUGGGCUAGCAGUCAAUUGAAAACAGGACCUUUCCCCUUGGCCACGCUGAAGUUCAUCCUGCAAAUGGAUUUUUAAUGGCAUCUUCCUGCAGAGAAAACGCACGCAAAAGUUGUAAGCCAAAGGCGGCUUAUUGGUCGGCUGUUCUUGCAUCAUAUUCCUUUCUGCUCCUCCGCCAGCAAACACGCCCCCACCCCCCCAGUCUGACCACUUUCCCCUUGCUGAUUCCCUUCUUAUGCUCACCCAUCCCGCCCCCCUGGCCAUCCUCUUGCACCACCAAAUGAACAACAAUCAUAGUGAUGAUACCAACAGGAGUUUAAUCCCCGGUAAGCCCUUAGGAUAAAGGAAGCAAUUCUCUGGCUGUUUCACUCACACACACACACACACACACACACACACACACACACACACGUUAGAUAGCAGGACAGGAUGAGAUUAUGUAGUGCCCCACUUAAGCUUCUGGGAGCAUUGAAAGAUCCAGGGUCUUGCAAGACAAAGAGAGGCACCUUAGUUUAUCUUGAAUGAUGGGGAGGAGGAAAGUUCCCUCUCAGGGAGCAGAACAUCCCUAUGUGCUUAGAGAUCCCAACAAAGGUAUAUAGUGGCAAAUUCAGAAGCUCCUUCAUGAGAGUCACAGCCAAACGGCCUCACAGCAGAGCCGGCCCAGCCAGGUGAGACUGCUGCUUCAGGUGGCAAAAGCCCCUGGCGGGCAUACCUGUGGAUGCCCCCGGGCUCCGCCAUCGACAAAAGAAGAAGAGUUUGGAUUUGAUAUCCCACUUUAUCACUACCCUAAUGAGUCUCAAGGGACGUGGGUGGCGAUGUGGGUUAAACCACAGAGCCUAGGACUUGCCGAUCAGAAGGACUUGCCGAUCAGAAUCCCUGCGACGGGGUGAGCUCCCAUUGCUCGGUCCCUGCUCGGUCCCUGCUCCUGCCAACCUAGCAGUUCGAAAGCACGUCAAAGUGCAAGUAGAUAAAUAGGUGCCGCUCCGGUGGGAAGGUAAACGCCGUUUCCGUGCACUGCCCUGGUUCUCCAGAAGUGGCUUAGUCCUGCUGGCCACAUGACCCGGAAGCUGUACACUGGCUCCCUCGGCCAAUAAAGCGAGAUGAGCGCCACAACCCCAGAGUCGGCCACGACUGGACCUAAUGGUCAGGGAUCCCUUCACCCUUUACCUUUUAAGGAGUCUCAAAGCGGCUAACAUUCUACUUUCCCUUCCUCUCCCACAACAAACACACUGUGAGGUGAGUGGGGCUGAGAGACUUCAGAGAAGUGUGACUAGCCCAAGGUCACCCAGCAGCUGCAUGUGGAGGAGAAGGGAAUCGAACCCGGUUCACCAGAUUACGAGUCCACCGCUCUUAACCACUACACCACACUGAAGCGCUGCCCCCAUAUUGGCACUGAUUUUGGGAAGUAUCACGGAACAUGCAAGAUUCCACAUGGUUUGGGGUGAGAUCUCACCUUAAAUCAGUAUGAUUUCCCCCCAAAUCAGCAACAAUGGUGGUGGUGCUUCUCCAGACACCCCUUUCUAAGCUUAUACAAGCUUCUAAAAUUUAAUAAUAAUAAUAAUAAUAAUAAUAAUAAUAAUAAUAAUACAGUGGUGCCUCACAAGACGAAAUUAAUUCGUUCUGCGAGUUUUGUCAUCUUGCGAUUUUUUUCGUCUUGCGAAGCACGGUGUCGGGAAAGUUUUGGAAAAGCUUCAAAAAUCACCAAAGUCUUCAAAAACCUCAAAAAAGGCUACCACACCGCGUUCUAUGAGUUGCUCCUCGAAGUCAAGUCGCAACUGUAUUAACGGUGUUAAGAAAAAGGGAACAAACUUACAAGACGUUUCUGUCUUGCGAAGCAAGCCCAUAGGGAAAAUCGUCUUGCGAAGCAGCUCAAAAAACAAAAAACCCUUUCGUCUAGCGAGUUUUUUGUCUUGCGAGGCAUUCGUCUUGCGAGGCAUUCGUCUUGCGAGGUACCACUGUAAUAAAUACGCCACCCAUCUGGCUGGCUUUCCCAGACAUUCUUGGUGGCUUCCAAUCGAUUAUUAAAAACGCAAUACAGCAUCAAACAUUAAAAACUUCCUUAAACAGGGCCACCUUCAGAUGUCUUUUAAAAGUAACAUAGUUGUUUAUUUCCUUGACAUCUGGUGGGAGGGCGUUCCACAGGGCGGGUGCCACUACUGAGAAGGCCCCCUGCCUGGUUCCCUGUAACCUCACUUCUCACAGUGAGGGAACCACCAGAAGGCCCUCGGUGCUUAUAAAUUUGUGAACCGUCUUUAGAACUGUGCGUAUAGGGUGGCAUACAAAUUUAAGAAAUAAUAGUAAUAACUGUACAGUAAUAAUAAUUAGGGGUGUGUUGCAACAGUCACCACAGAUCUCUGUGUGUUGCCUUUCAGCCAGAUCUGCUGUUUUCUGCGCACAUACAUGGGCGAAUGAUUUGAAGAGGGAUUGGCUGUUAAACCACUCUGGAAACUGUAGCCCUGGAAAGGGAACCCUCAGCACUCCUAUUGAACUACAGCUCCCAGCAUUCUUUAAGGGGAGCCAUGGCUGUUUAGAGUGGUAUCAUAGUGUUUUAAAUAUAUUGUGUGAAUGUAGCCAGGAAGAUUUUGGGCAUCACAUGGCAGGGCAGAGUCUCAAACAAAGAUGUGCUCUCCCAAGCCCACAUUCCCAACAUGUUUGCACUCUUGUCUCAGCGACGUCUACGCUGGCUUGGUCAGGUCCACAGAAUGGACGACGGCAGACUCCCCAAGGAUGUUGUUAUGUACUGAGUUCAAUAGGAUUCAGAAUUAGCCGUCUGAUUGGUCCUAGAACAAUAGGAUCCAGAAUGCAGCAGUCUGAUUGGUCCACAGGAGCCACCCAAUCCAGCUCCAGGUGGAAGGGAAUCCGCAACCUGAUUGGCCUACAGGAGAAUCCCAGAAUUAGCCAAUCAGGUGGGGCCCUUUGUGUAAAUAAUGUAUAUAAAGCAGACAUUCAGGGGGAACUUCCAUUCCUCCUCACCACUAUGAGCUGAAUAAAGAGCAUGAAAUCCACUCUCGACUCCGAGUAUAUGUCAGAUGUGCUCUAUGGGGAGUUGGCUUUAGGUACCAGGCCCGCUGUCAAACCUACUGCGUUACAAAGAUGCCUACAAACGUGUCACGAAGGCUGGGAACAUUGGGGCUGUCAUGCGUCCGGAUUUCCCCAGACAUUCCCAGGAUUUCAAAGGCGGAAUUGAUUUCCGGGGGGAAUUUCCAAAAGGCGGUGGUGCUUUGUCCUGGAUCUUAGAGAAGUCAAUCGAUAAAUCAACCAUUUUGGGUGUCCUGGAUUUUACGUUUUGAAAUAUGGCAACCGUAGGCAACAUCAGCCCCAACAGAUGGGAAUCCCUUGCAGAUGACCACAGUGCCUGAAGACAGACAGUCAGGUUGUGCAUCUACAGCAGUGACCAGAGGAGGAAUGACCGCUGGGAGGAGCACAGAGGGAAGAAACACCACGGUAUAUCUGCAGCAGCACAACCGGAUACCUUCAUCUGCCCUGGAUGCAACAAAACAUGUCUCUCCCAUAUCGAUCCUACAGCCACAGCAGGCGCUGCAGUCUUCCAGCAGUUUGACUUCACCUCCAAAGGUGCACUCUUCCACUGUGUCCCAAGGAAGGAGGAAACCAACCACCAAAGUAACGUCCCUGUGGAACACAGCAGGGCAGAGGAUGGGGUCCAAAAUAGAAUUAUUUGGCUCCGACUGUCUUUGGCUCUGGUUCCACCAAUUGUUGGCCUAGGUGCCUUCCACCCACAAUGGGUUCCAGCCACCACUGGGUUUGAUACGCUUCUGGUGUCCGUAUGGCUCUGUCCACCCCCACAGAGAAUAAGUGACAGAAGGAAAUUUUUACAGGGCCCCAGUGAGUGCAAUAGUUUUUGAAGCGGCCAAGAUUUCAGGCCUUGCAAAUAAAGUUCUUGGUGAGAGAUAAUUUUAGCAGGUGGCCUGUCUCGAUUAUUUAUUCCUUCUGUGCUGCAAAGGCUUCAGUCAGCCAGAACAUCCCAGCCAGAGAGGAAACCAUCAAAAUAAGCAUGGGAUGUUAGCGGCUGCAGCCCAGACCUGGGAUGGUGUGGCAGAUUGCGAUGUCAGGCUGCGGCCGGAGAGAUCUGGGUUCAAAUCCCCGACCAGCGACAAAGCUCAGUGAGUGACUUUGGCAGAUCGCAUUUUCUCCAUCCAACAUACCUCACAGAGCAGUUGUGGGGAAUGCAACUUGGGGAGAACAUUUAUGCUUUCUCCUGUCAGUCUUUUGGAAAGACUUUGUUGUUGUUUAGUCGUUUAGUCAUGUCCGACUCUUCAUGACCCCCUGGACCAGAGCACGCCAGGCACUCCCGUCUUCCACUGCCUCCCGCAGUUUGGUCAAACUCAUGCUGGUAGCUUCGCGAACACUGUCCCACCAUCUCGUCCUCUGUCGUCCCCUUCUCCUUGUGCCCUCCAUCUUUCCCAACCUUAGGGUCUUUUCCAGGGAGUCGUCUCUUCUCAUGAGGUGGCCAAAGUCUUGGAGCCUCAGCUUCAGGAUCUGUCCUUCCAGUGAGCACUCAGGGCUGAUUUCCUUCAGAAUGGAUGCGUUUGAUCUUCUUGCAGUCCAUGGGACUCUCAAGAGUCUCCUCCAGCACCAGAAUUCAAAAGCAUCCAUUCUUCGGCGAUCAGCCUUCUUUAUGGUCCAGCUCUCACUUCCAUACAUCACUACUGGCAAAGACUUAGAAAAAGGAUUACCAGAGAGAAGAAGGCUUUUGAAAGGGUUGCUUUGCACCAAUUUUCCUGGGUGAGAGAGAGAUAUUUGACCAGAGUAUUUGUUGCACACUGCAGAUCUGAGGAGGCUGAUUCAGGAGUCUUCGAAAUAAAUAAAAUUGCAUCCCAUGUGUUAUUUUCUCUAGUUUAUAUAUAUACUUUACCCCAUGGAGGCGCAGGUUACAGCAACAGCCAAGGUGACAUUUUCCCACCUUCGCCGCAUCAAGCAGUUGGUCCCUUACCUUUCCUGCCCCGACCUGGCCACAGUGAUCCAUGCGACAGUCACCUCCAGGCUUGACUACUGUAAUUCGCUCUACCCUUGAAGCUGUCCCACAAACUCCAGCGGGUGCAGAAUGCUGCAGCGAGGCUCCUCACGGGGUUCCUGCCAUGGGAGCAUAUUCACCCAGUGCUUUUCCAGCUGCACUGGCUCCCAGUGGAGUACAAGGUCAGGUUCAAGGUGCUGGUUUUGACCUUUAAAGCCCUUCACGGCCUAGGACCCUCAUACCUAUGGGACCGCCUCUCCUGGUAUGCCCCACGGAGAGCCUCAAGGUCCAUAAAUAGCAACACCCUUGAUGUCCCGGGCCCUAAGGAAGUUAGAUAACCCUCAACCAGAGCCAGGGCCUUUUCAACUCUGGCCCCGGCCUGGUGGAACGCUCUGCCUCAUGAGAUCAGGGCCCUGCAGGAUCUGAUUUCUUUCUGCAGGGCCUGUAAGACAGAGUUGUUCCGCCUGGCCUUUGCCUUGGAGCCAAUUUGAUUCCCUCCAUCUCUUUCUUUUUCCUUUUCCUUUCUUCUCCUGUGAUGAGGCUGCAUUUUAAUAUUUUAAUGUUUCAAUAUUUUAAUUGUUGUAUUUUAAUCUUGUUUUUAAGUUGUAUUCAUUCAACUUGUUUUUAUUAUUGCUUGUUAGCAGCCCUGAGCCCAGCCUUGGCUGGGGAGGGCGGGGUAUAAAUAAAAAUAAAAAUUAUUAUUAGUAUUAUUAUUAUUAUUUGUUUAGUUGAAGCAUGACAUUAAAAAAACAACAAUCGCAGAAAGUGCAAAUUUCAGGUGUAUUUCUUAUUUAUUUAAUGCUUCUCUAUCCCACCUUUUCCUCCAAGAAAAUCAACGUGGUGUACCCCCCCUUCCUCAUUUCAUCCCUCAAACAACCCUGUGAGGUAGGUUAGACUAAGAGACUAGCCCGAAUCACCCAGUGAGGGCUUUGUCUCCCAGCUCGCAGCCCAGCGCUCUAACCAUUACACCACACCACCUCCAUUUUGGUUUGCAUAUUGGGAAAACAUAGAUUAGGUAGCUUCGCCUCAGAGUCUGUACUGCGCUGAAUGUCUCCUCCGUCUGUGCACGGUCACCUUCAUACUGAUGGAGAAUUCUGGGAGCUUGUCCAGACUGUCCCAGAGGAUUCUGGGAGAUGUGGCUGAGAGAGAAGCUCUUUGUGCCAGAAUCCCUCUGCACAGCUGCUGCGGAUCAGGUGCACUGGCCACCUUUGCCUGCCCUCGUGGGCGAGUCAUUUCACAGGUAUAAACGAUGCUGUGUCUCUGAGGAGGUAGAAAACAAAGCCCCCCCUUUUCCUCAGCUCCCGUUGGGUUUCUCCCUGCUCCACAUUACGCCCACUCUCCUUCUCCCUGCCACCUCCAUGUUUAUGUUUUAUGAUCUCAUUCUCCGAGCCACAGACUCGAAUUCCCUCCUUUGAGCGAUUAAAGCGAAUGCGGUCUGACCCCUUCCCCACAGCAAUUUCCUAUCUUGGAGAAGCCGGGAGCUCACCCUCCUUGCGGGAGAGAGGGAAGGCAGAGGGAAAGAGAGCAGCUGAGAAUGCUGUUUGGCAGUGCUCAUGGGUUUCCCGAAAAGACCUGGCUGGCAGCUGCAGUUCAGAAGAGGAUGCUGGGCUAAAGGGAUAUUUGGUCCCAUCUAGCAGCAGUGGAGGGACGUGGGUGGUGCUGUGGGUUAAACCACUGAGCCUAGGACUUGCUGAUCAGAAGGUCGGCGGUUCGAAUCCUCGCGACGGGGUGAGCUCCCAUUGCUCGGUCCCUGCUCCUGCCAACCUAGCAGUUCAAAAGCAUGUCAAAGUGCAAGUAGAUAAAUAGGUACAGCUCCGGCGGGAAGGUAAACGGUGUUUCCGUGCGCUGCUCUGGUUUGCCAGAAGCAACUUAGUCAUGCUGGCCACAUGACCCGGAAGCUGUACACCGGCUCCCUCGGCCAAUAAAGCGAGAUGAGCGCCGCAAGCCCAGAGUCGGCCACGACUGGACCUAAUGAUCAGGGGUUCCUUUACCUUUACCUAGCAGCAGUGGUGCUCACUGGAAGGACAGAUCCUGAAGCUGAGGUUCCAAUACUUUGGCCACCUCAUGAGAAGAGAAGACUCCCUGGAAAAGACCCUGAUGUUGGGAAAGAUGGAGGGCACAAGGAGAAGGGGACGACAGAGGACAAGAUGGUUGGACAGUGUACUCGAAGCUACCAGCAUGAGUUUGACCAAACUGCGGGAGGCAGUGGAAGACAGGAGUGCCUGGCGUGCUCUGGUCCAGGGGGACACGAAGAGUCGGACAUGACUAAACGACUAAACAACAACAACAGCAGCAACAGCAGUGGUGUAGCAUGGGGCAGGAGGCCACAGGGGCAGUUGCCCUGGACGCAAAAUUGUUAAGGGUGCAAAGUUUCAACACCCGGUGCUGCCUCAAUGCAGCUGCACACGUCCGUCUUCAGGCUCCGUUGAAAACGGCUUCUCCAUGCGAAUUUAUAAGCACCGAGGGUCUUCUGGCGGUUCCCUCGCUGUGAGAAGCCGAGUUACAGGGAACCAGGCAGAGGGCCUUCUCGGUGGUGGCACCCGCCCUGUGGAACUCCCUCCCACCAGAUGUCAAAGAGAACAACAACUACCAGACCUUUAGAAGACUUCUGAAGGCAGCCCUGGUUAGGGAGGCUUUUUUAAUGUUUUAUAGACUAUUGUCUACAGUUGCAGGAAAACACAGGCCGGAAGAAAGCUCUUGGGUUCGAAUCCUGCUUGCAGGCUUCCCACAGGCAUCUGGCUGGCCCCUGUGAGAAGACGAUGCCAGACUAGGUGGGCCACUGGCCUCAUCCAGUAGACCUCUAGGUAAAGGUAAAGGGACCCCUGACCAUUAGGUCUAGUCGUGGACGACUCUGAGGUUGCGGCGCUCAUCUCGCUUUAUUGGCCGAGGGAGCCGGUGUACAGCUUCCGGGUCAUGUGUCCAGCAUGACUAAGCCGCUUCUGGCGAACCAGAGCAGCACACGGAAACACCGUUUACCUUCCCGCUGGAGUGGUACCUAUUUAUCUACUUGCACUUUGAUGUGCUUUCGAACUGCUAGGUUGGCAGGAGCUGGGACCGAACAACAGGAGCUCACCCCGUCGCAGGUAUUCGAACCGCCGACCUUCUGAUCAGCAAGUCCUAGGCUCUGUGGUUUAACCCACAGUGCCACCUGUGUCCCUAGACCUCUACCUGUGUACAAAACAACUGCUGCUUUUGGUCAGCUGAACAGGGCUGAUUCACACAACCUCUGCAUUCACCGGGGGCAUAUACCUGUUUUGACCUGGGUCAACCUCGUGCUCAUGGCUAUCUUGUCCUCUUCUUGGCCACUGGAGUGCCACUAGCGACCGCCCUGCGCCCCAGCUCACCAUCACGCCUGCUUGCCAUGCUUUUAAAAACGGCACACACAUUCCCACUGAUGCUCUUUCCUUCUCCCUCUUGCCAGUGCCACCCCCGCCGUUGCAGCCGGCGAGUUCUCCAUCACCCGCCCACAUACCCAGGGCCGAGGCUGUUUGCUUGCUUCUUUAUUAAAACCCAGUUCCCUGGAGCAUCGCUGCCUCUCCGGUAGGCCGGCUUACAUUUGUCAUUACCCACCAUUUUUGUCUCGCCGUCUCCCUGGCCAAAGGUUUCGUUUUGUUCAUUAUUAUUACUUUGUAUCCAGAGAGCUGCAGAAUUGCAGAGCCGGAAGGGACCCGCAAGGGUCAUCUAGCCCAACCCCCUGCAAUGCGGGACCAACGUGGGAUUCAAACCCACAACCUUGAGGUUUAAAGUCCCAAGUUCAACUGACUGAGCCAAGUUACAAAGAGGGCCUGGCUCGGAAGGGCCGGGGAGGUGCAAAGCCAAACCGAAAAUCUCAGGGGGUCUGAUCAAUGAGGUUGCCCAGGUUGUUGAGAUCCAUGGAAAUGAGGGGGUCUCAGUGUGACCCUGGAAACUUACGGCUGCGGCAGCCAGGGCUGACUCACCCAGGAGGUGAGGUGAGGAAGGUGCCUCUGGACAAUGGGCCGAGGAAGCAGGUCCAGCCUCUGAGGAACACAUUGCUGCUUGAAGGAUGUGGGGAGAAUUUUCUGUUUAGUCCCAUACAGCCUGGGUUGGCCCUGGCUGCAGGAUAUCUUUACCAGAAGGGGUUUUUUCCCCCAGCCUGAGGGCCACAAUCCCUUCUGGACAAGGUUCUGAGAGCCACAUACCAGCAAGUGAGUGGAGCCAAAGACAAAAGUGGGUGGGGCAGUCUGUCACCUUUUUACAGCAGACUAGUUUUUUCCACAUCUUAAAAAGCAGAGACAUCACCUUGCCAACAAAGGUCCGUAUAGUUAAAGCUAUGGUUUUCCCAGUAGUGAUGUAUGGAAGUGAGAGCUGGACCAUAAAGAAGGCUGAUCGCCGAAGAAUGGAUGCUUCUGAAUUAUGGUGCCGGAGGAGACUCUUGAGAGUCCCAUGGAGAUCAAACCGAUCCAUUCUGAAGGAAAUCAGCCCUGAGUGCUCACUGGAAGGACAUAUUGUGAAGCUGAGGCUCCAAGACUUUGGCUACCUCAUGAGAAGAGAAGACUCCCUGGAAAAGACCCUGAUGUUGGGAAAGAUGGAGGGCACAAGGAGAAGGGGACGACAGAGGACGAGAUGGUCGGAUAGUGUUCUCGAAGCUACCAGCAUGAGAUUGACCAAACUGCAGGAGGCAGUGUGCUCUGGUCCAUGGGGUCAUGAAGAGUCGGACACGAUUAAAUGACUAAACAACAACAAGUUUUUUCCGGCACAGACCCACCCAUACCCUCUCUGCCCUGCAUCCAGACAGCAAUAUCAAAAGCAACACGAUGGCCAGAAACAAUAACAAUGUGAAAAACUUCAUGGAAUAAUUCAAAACAUCAAAACUAACAAGCUGAAAUCUCUGAAAGUCUCUGAAAGUCCUUAAAUGAAUCACAGUGCCAGACUUUACCCGGCGGAGAGCAAGCUGUGAAGCUUUGUAUAAUCAGCAAAUGUCCAAUUCCAAUGUCCAACUCUGAACUCCGCUGAACAGUGUUUCCAGAUAACAGCUACUGUUUCGCUGAAUACUUCAUCAGCCAAUUAGUUCAACACUUGUAAGUAGAAAGAUAUGUAAUUUCUUCAUUAACCAAUCUUUUUUUUGAAUAGAUAUAAUGAAAAAUACUCUGGAACAGUGUUCAUGCGAUUAUGUAGUCACUGUUGCAUUUGAGUCCUGGAGCUGAGAAACAGAUCACAGAUUUGUAGAGUUGGAAGGGACCACAAGGGUCAUCUAGUCCAGCCCCCUGCAGUGUAGGAAUCACAGCUAAAGAAUCUCUGACAGAUGGCCAUCUAACCUCUGAUUGUUGUCGUUGUUUAGUUGUUCAAAAACAUCCAUUCUUUGGCGAUCAGCCUUCUGUAUGGUCCAGCUCUCACUUCCAUACAUCACUACUGGGAAAACCACAGCUUUAACUAUACGGACCUUUGUUGGCAAGGUGAUGUCUCUGCUUUUUAAGAUGCUGUCUUGGUUUGUCAUUGCUUUUCUCCCAAGAAGCAGGCGUCUUUUAAUUUCGUGACUGCUGUCACCACCAUCAUGGAGCCCAAGAAAGUAAAAUCUCUCACUGCCUCCAUUUCUUCCCCUUCUUUUUGCCAGGAGGUGAUGGGACCAGUGGCCAUGAUCUUAGGUUUUUUUGAUGUUGAGCUUCAGACCAUAUUUUGCGCUCUCCUCUUUCACCCUCAUUAAAAGGUUCUUUAGUUCCUCCUCACUUUCUGCCAUCAAAGUUGUGUCAACUGAAUAUCUGAGGUUGUUGAUAUUUCUUCCUGCAAUCUUAAUUCCGGCUUGGGAUUCAUCCAGCCCAUGCGAAAGGCAUGAUGAAUUCUGCAUAUAACCUCUGAUUAAAGACCUCCAAUGGAGGAGAGUGCGCCAUCUUUUGAGGAAGUCCAUUCCACCAUUGAACAAUUUUUGCUGCCAGAAAGUUCUUCCUAACGUUGGGUUGGAAUCUCUUUCCUUGUCCUUUGAACCUGGUGGUUCUGGCCCUACCUUCUGGAUCAGCGGAAAACAAGAUUUCUCCAUCUUCCAUGUGACAGCCCUUUAGAUAUGUGAAGAUGGCUAUCAGUCUUCUCUCCAAGCUAGACAUACCUGGCUCCCUCCCUCUCCCAACUUGGGCCUCCUCCUCCCUUCGUUUCCAUGCAGGUGUCGAUCAGCAGAGUCUGCAUUCAGCAAAAUUGGGGGGUUGAGCUUUGCUGGGGAAGCAGCUCUCGAGUCUCCAGAUGGCAGGGAGUGGUGUGUGGAGAGGCAAAAUAUCCGAAUGCUCCCCCACAAAAGCCAAACCCCUGUUGUAGGUGGAAGGAUAAUGUGUGUGGGAGAAUCUUUCUGCCUCCGUUUUUUGCACCGAAGUUGUUUUGUUUUGAAAUGGAUGGCACAUUCAAGCACGCAACACCUCUCUACAGACUGAAGUGGAGGGAUCUGGGGACAGCUGUACCAUGUCAUUCCAGAGAAUGGCAACCACAACACACAUACACAGAGAGAGAGAGAGAGAGAAAGAGAGAGAGAGAGAGAAGAAGAGGAGGAGGAGGAGGAGGAGGAGGAGGUGGAGUUUGGAUUUGAUAUCCCGCUUUAUCACUACCUGAAGGAGUCUCAAAGCGGAUCACAACCUCCUUUCCCUUCCUCCCCCACAACAAACACUCUGUGAGGUGAGUGAGGCUGAGAGACUUCAUAGAAGUGUGACCAGCCCAAGGUCACCCAGUAGCUGCAUGUGGAGGAGAAGGGAAUUGAACCCGGUUCACCAGAUUACGAGUCCACCACUCUUAACCACUACAUCACACCGGCCCAGACGAAAAGAUGGUCAUCUCAUUUUGCCUGCCAGCAACACUUUCCUCCAUUCUUCCUCCACCAAUGGAAACCCAAACAGAGGUGCGGUAGAAAUUGCAGAAGUGUUUUCCCAGAGGCAUGGACUGAGGAACAUUAAAAACCGUUGGUGUUUCCUGUCUUCUGGAGGCAUUGACUCCAGAUUGUGAGCAAAAUCCAAGAGGGCUGUUGGUUCAGUUUGAAGGAACGUCACUGCCUCCACCUUGCAGCAGAAUGGAGAAGGAAGAAGGAACAACAGUGUCAUUCUAUGGAGAGGGAGGGAUGGGGUCUCUAGUGAUGGAAGGUCUGUAAUACUGAAUUAGAGAGCAGUGGGUUCCCCCUCACCCUCCAUAAGUUGCACUAAGAAACCAAGGUGAUGCCCAGGAUCAGGGAUGCUUAGGGGUGUAUAAUCUUGUUCACUUCGUUCCAGAAGAAAAACUCAGAAUUGGAACCUUGUGAGCCAGUGUGGUGUAGUGGUUAAGAGUGGUAGUCUCGUAAUCUGGGGAACCGGGUUCGCGUCUCCGCUCCUCCACAUGCAGCUGCUGGGUGACUUUGGGCCAGUCACACUUCUCUGAAGUCUCUCAGCCCCACUCACCUCACAGAGUGUUUGUUGUGGGGGAGGAAGGGAAAGGAGGUUGUGAUCCGCUUUGAGACUCCUUAAAGGGAGUGAAAGGCAGGAUAUCAAAUCCAAACUCUUCUUCUUGUGUGUGUGAGCAUGUGCUUUAAUUAGAAUUUCCCCCCUAAUUCACCCUCCCAGGCACUGCAUUACAUUAAAAAAAAAAAAAAUGACAGUAAAUCAAAGGCGCACACGGCAUUUCUCAUCGUAAUUCUAAUAUAUUGCCAUUGGCAGCAAGAACUAAUUAAAGGCGUAAAAAGAUGGGGGAAUCGUUUUCUUUUUACGGGGCGGGAUUUUUAGACCUCCUUCCACUGCUUAGCUCUUGCAAGACAACUGAAGGCAGGGAAUCCGCCCCUUCCAUUUUCUCUCCCUCUGUGGUGCCUGUGACUGCAACCUGGGGCCGGCUCUAUCUGUAGGCAGAGGGAGGCAGCUGCCUUGGGCAGUUGAUGGUAGGAGGCUGGGAGCAGGAGCAAGAGGAUGGAGGAUGGAGCAGUGGCGUAGCUGGGGUUUUUGCUGCCCGGGGCAGUCACUGAGUUUGCUGCUUCUCUCGGUGUUCCUCAUCUGGGAGCCCCGCUGGCUUGUCACGGUCUUCCCCUCCUCUCCGACGGAGCCUUUCUACCCUUCCCUUCUUACCCCCACUCCCCGGGCUCUGACCCUUCUUCCCUUGGUGGUACCCCAGUGGGUUCCUCCAACCAUCCCUCUGCGUCCAACGUUCCCAUGACAACCGCCAUAUGCAUUCAGAGAAAGUUGGGUUUAAUUGUUCUGGAAAAGCCAUUAUGAAUUGAAAACCGCAAGAGCAACAGAAGACGAGCAAUGCACCUUAUGUAAAUCCAGCACAACUCUUAACAUGGGUCUAAUUAAUAGACUCUGGGCUAAUGGGGAUAUUUAUUUGUUUUGCUUACAACAGGGCUGGAGUUAUUGUAAACUGCAGGGACUAAGGUGGGGAUCUUCAGGAAUGAACACACUGCUGCUUGUUUAAGGGCAAGAAGAUGAAUGUUGGAAUCUUCAGGAUAGACCAGUCGUAGGCAAACUCGGCCCCCCAGAUGUUUUGGGACUACAACUCCCAUCAUCCCUGACCACCUGUCCUGUUAGCUAGGGAUGAUGGGAGUUGUAGUCCCAAAACAUCUGGAGGGCCGAGUUUACCUAUGCCUGUGAUAGACCAAAGAAGGGACUUAUCCACACAGCACAUCGCUAAACUACGAAACACACGUGAGCAAGAAGGGGGCUGCAUCAUUGCAAGAAUCCAGCCAAACUGACCCCAUAAAAUAUGGGAAGCUGCUGCGCAGCUUGUCAUAGAAUUGAACUGAGACCCCAUUUGGUUUUUUGGGGUGUGUGUGUGUGUUUGCGUGUCUUGCUCUUCUGAACAGGCCAGUCAGAUUUUGAAUGAGUCUGACAUCAAAGCCCAGGGUGCUGGCCCAAGGCAUUUUGCCGACGGAGGCAAAAGCAAGAUGGCGGAGCCCUCCCAAUUCCACAUCCAGAUACCAUCCAGACUGGCCGUUGACUUUUUCUUUUGACACCAGCAAGGGAACGGCCACUCACCCAAGGGCAGUUGUAGCUUAGUGGGUGCAGGACAGGCCAUGUGACACACACACAGCUCUGCCUGCUCCCUGCUCCCUCAGCAAGUACCGCCUGAGGCAGCUGCCUCGCUCUCCCUCAUGAAGGAUAGCUCGGUUGGUAGAGCAUGACCCCCUUAAUCUCAGGGCCAGGGGUUUGGGCCAAAGAAUCCUGCAUUGUAGGCGGUUGGACUAGAUGAUUCUCAUGGUCCCUUCCAACUCUAUGAUUUAUGAUCUAUGGUGGGGCCGGCCCUAUCAAAGGGCCUCUGCUAUGGGGGCCAUGUGACCUCAGGCGAAGAAACCACCUGAGCAUCGAAGCCUUCUCCUGUUCCUGGCACGAUUCUCCCCAGUUGGCAAAACCCAACAUCAUGUUGUAAUGAGGGAUGUUUAACGUCGCCUCGCUUGAGACAUGACGGAUUGGCCACUUAUCUGCCACGUAAUUCCCGGUAUUUGCUGUAUCUAACAUCUUGUUUUGAACGUCAACGCUUUUCGGAUGUUAGUCUAAUUCAAUACAUGAUGCAGAGGCAUUUGAGAUGUCUGGUGACAACCUCCUCAGGUCUUUUGGUGGCGGGGAGAUUUCCAUUGCCUGGGCUCUCGGCAUCUGUGAGAGAAUUUGAGGAAGGGGGAGAGAGAGGUUUAGAAGACUGUUGUCCCUUCCCACCUGCAGAUUUCUAUUCACUCCCUCUCCCCCUCAGUCCAGGAGAUGGAAGCUGCAUAUUUUGAACCAGGGUGUCCUGGACACAAAUUUUACCUCUUAUCCUAAACUUGCAAAAUGGACUUUAUGGUGUGUGUGUGUGUGUGUGUGUGUGUGUGUGUGUGUUGCUGUUCUCUCAGCCCUCUUCCCCUCUUGAAAACUGGGAUAAUAAUGUUGCCCUCUAGCUUUCUCCUUAAUCCAGCGCAUGUUUGCAAUUUGGUCUCUGGCUCCUCUUCCCCUUCGAAAUCCAGCUUGCAGCAAAGGUCCGUAUAGUUAAAGCUAUGGUUUCCCCAGUAGUGAUGUAUGGAAGUGAGAGCUGGACCAUAAAGAAGGCUGAUGGCCGAAAAAUUGAUGCUUUUGAAUUCUGGUGCUGGAGGAGACUGCAAGAAGAUCAAACCUAUCCAUUCUGAAGGAAAUCAGCCCUGAGUGCUCACUGGAAGGACAGAUCCUGAAGCUGAGGCUCCAAUACUUUGGCCACCUCAUGAGAAGAGAAGACUUCCUGGAAAAGACCCUGAUGUUGGGAAAGAUGGAGGGCGCAAGGAGAAGGGGACGACAGAGGACGAGAUGGUGGGACAGUCUUCUCAAAGCUACCAGCAUCAGUUUGACCAAACUGCAGGAGGCAGUGGAAGACAGGAGUGCCUGGCGUGCUCUGGUCUAUGAGGUCAUGAAGAGUCGGACACAACUAAACGACUAAACAACAGCACCUUACAAUAUUAUUGUAAGGAUCACUGAGAUGAUAUAAUAAUAGGAGAAUAAUAGAAAUGUAGAGUCGGAAGGGAUCAUGUGAUAUUCUAGUCCAACUCCUGCAACGCAAGGCUCUUUUGCCCAAGGUAGGACUUCAAUUCAGGACCCUAAGAUCGUGUGGUGGUGUAUAGUGACGUUGGACUUAAACGAGGGAGCCCUGAAGUGAAAUCCAUUCCUAGCCACAAAGACUACUUUGGACCAGUCACUGUCCCUUAGCCUAAACCACCUUACAGGGUUGUUGUAAAAACAUUACUUUGAAAGGGAGAUAAUUAACUCAGUUUCAACCACUAGAUAUAUAGAUUUUUAAGGAGAAUAGAUAACAGGUGGUGAUUAAUUUGCUGGGGAACCUUCCUUUUUUAAAACUGGAUUUCGUUUUUUAAAAGCAAAGCUACCUAAGUCCACCUGCCUUUUAAAUUCCUACUCCCUGGGAUUUGGGUGAGCCCAGUUUCUGAAAUGCACCCCUUGUCUUUUUCAGAUAAGAACCCUCUGGUCGAAUUGGCUGCAUUAACAGCUGGGGGUGGGGAAAGCCAGCAGGGAUAUAGAUUUGGAGCAACAACAUUUAUCUUUUUGUUAAACACUGAGCAGGGCUAUGGGGCUUCGCCCACCACCACCCCGCCUCAGCUCUGUAUCAUGCAGCAAAAUGAGUGGGUGGCACGAACCCUUUGCUACUGGGAUGGUUCCAUCUUCCUGCCUGAAUUUUGUUGUAUUUUUUUGCCAUCUGCCAGUGUGGCAGGGUUGCCACAUAUUGAAAGCAAAAACUCUCUUGGGUGGAGUGGCGCUGUGGCAGAACCCAAUGCCAGUAUCGAACUGGAGAAAGUGUGUUCCCCUCGUGAAAUAUACUCAGAGUCGAGAGUGGAUUUCAUGCUCUUUAUUCAGCUCAUAGUAGCGAGGAAUGGAAGUUCCCCCAGAAUGUCUGCUUUAUAUACAUUAUUUACACAAUGGGCCCCACGUGAUUGGCUACUUCCGGGAUUCUCCUGCAGGCCAAUCAGGUUGCGGAUUCACUUCCACCUGGAGCUGGAUUGGGUGGCUCCUGUGGACCAAUCAGACUGCUGCAUUCUGGGUCCUAUUGUUCUAGGACCAAUCAGACUGCUGCAUUCUGAAUCCUAUUAUUCUUGGACCAAUCAGACUGCUGCAUUUUGGAUCCUAUUCAACUCAGUAUAUAACACCUUCUCCUUCUCCUUUUAAAAACCCUAGCAGUAGCAGUUGGCAUGCCGAUCCUUCUUACCUGACUUCCUUUCGCCGUCAUUGCUGCGGUGUACAAAAGCGGCAAGGUGACACCAAAGGUGGUGCGGUGCAGACACACCGGCGGAGCAAAUCCAGUGCUCCUGCCGGGAUGUUUGCACCAUGCCAACCCCACCACUCCUCUCUUCCUUGCUCAUCCAGUUUGCUACAUACAAUGACAGCAGCAACAGGAAGUCAGGUUAGCAGCCCCACGGAUGGCUAGUGAACCCAGCCCAGCCUCUUGCUACUCUGGUGAGUGUCCUGACAGGUGGCUACUUGCAAAUCAUAAAAAAGAGGAGAUUCUGGGUGAGACACUUGCCUGAAAUCCCCGAGAGCUAUAACUGGACAGUGUAGAUCAGAGGCGACAAAUGUGGUUCCUUCUAGGUGCUUUGGACUACCACUCCCAUCAUCCCUGGUCAUUGGCCAUGCUGGUCAGGGCUGAUAGGAAUUGUAGUUCAAAACCACAUGGGCUAUGCCCAGUUGUAGACAAUACUAGAGUAGAGGGACCACGAGGCUGUAUUGGUAUAGGGCUGCUUCCUUUCUUCCUGUGAAUUCCCCCCUAUAAAAAAAGAGGACAAAAUGGACACAAAUAUGCAUACAAUUUGCUCACAUGCGGAUUUAUACGUGUGCAGGUGCAGUUUCAGGAAGUAAUUACAAUGAGGUUAAUAGGAAUGCAUCUCACUAUAGUGGGGAAGACGGGGACCAGAUCACCUGUGGGCCUACAAAAUUUGCAGAUAAUUAACUGUUCACUUAUCCAUCCAAUGUGUAUAACAGAAAGCGAUCCAGUGAAUAGGAUUGCUGUUCUUCCGUCAUUGCUGCAUUUAGUCCGCAAACAAUGCGUAAUUUACUGCAUUGUGUUUCCUUCGCAUUUAAAUGGACGGGGUGGGUGAUUGCAAUGUACAGUGGUACCUCAGGUUAAGUACUUAAUUCGUUCCGGAGGUCCAUUCUUAACCUGAAACUGUUCUUAACCUGAAGCUCCACUUUAGCUAAUGGGGCCUCCCGCUGCCGCCGAGCCGCCAAAGCACGAUUUCUGUUCUCAACCUGAAGCAAAGUUCUUAACCCGAAGUACUAUUUCUGGGUUAGCGAAGUCUGUUACCUGAAGCAUAUGUAACCCGAGGUAACACUGUAUGCAAUUACAGUGGUACCUCUGGAUGUGAACAGGAUCCGUUCCGGAGCUCCAUUUGCAUCCUGUAGCGAACGCAACCCGCGUCUGCACAUUUGCGCGUGCGCAGGUCAUGAUUUGCCACUUCUGCGCAUGUGCGUGACGUCAUUUUGAGCGUCUGUGCAUACGUGAGCGGCGAAACCCGGAAGUAACGUGUUCCGUUAUGCCCGGGUCUGCGUGGAGCGUAACCUGAAAACGCUCAACCUGAAGUAUAUUUAACCCGAGGUAUGACUGUAUGUAAGGGACGUGGAUGGUGCUGUGGUCUAAACCACUAAGCCUAGGGCUUGCUGAUCAGAAGGUCGGCGGUUCAAAUCCCCGCGAUGGGGUGAGCUCCCAUUGCUCAGUCCCUGUUCCUGCCAACAUAGCAGUUCGAAAUCACGUCAGAGUGCAAGUAGAUAAAUAGGUACCACUCUGGCGGGAAGGUAAAUGGCGUUUCCGUGCGCUGCUCUGGUUCACCAGAGGUGGCUUAGUCAUGCUGGCCACAUGACCCGGAAGGUGUAUGCCGGCUCCCUCAGCCAGUAAAGCUAGAUGAGCGCAGCAACCCAAGAGUCGGUCAUGACUGGACCUAAUGGUCAGGGGUCCCUUUACCUUUAUGACUGUAUGUAAGUGACAUAAGUCACGUGAUUUUGCCGCAGAGAGAGGAAUAACCGGUGGAAGGCGAACUGCAGCAGGAGGGAAACGACGCCGCUUGUGACGAAUGCAGGGUAGGGCAGAAAACAAUGCCUUCUGGCAUCUGUGUUGCCUAUGUCCAUUCUCAGACACAACGUGCCUCUGAAUGGCAGUUGCAGGGAACCAGGAGUAAGGGGAGUGCCGUUGCCCUCAGAUCUCAAGGGCUUCCUAUAAAUAUCUGGUUGGUCAAGAAACAAGACACUGCACUAAACGAGCCUCUGGCCUGCUCCAGCUACAGGGAUCUCACACUCUUAGAUCGCACCUUCUCACAACACAACGACUCCUCCUUUCAAACUGCUUGCAGCCUGAGUGUCUUGGUGACUAAUAGAGCCUUCUCUGCUCCCCGGGGACUUCGAUGUCAGAGGUCUCUGUCUGUCCUCUCUUUAUCCCGCGACUCCGCUCCAAGCAAGCGACGGUGAUGGAUUGUGUUGUUGGAUGAAUCCCAGAGGGCUCUGCUGGUUUCAUGGUGCGGUUUAUUCAUCUCGGGUUAUUUUCUUGCCACCCGUCAGAAGGUUCUGCUGAGCUGCUAAAUUUAGCUCGGCGAUAGAGACCUGUGUUGCCAUGUUAGGUUCCCACCAGAGAAUACAGGGUGCAAAACAGGGGGAGGCGGCUGUUUGGUUUUCCCGGACCGCCUUUGGGUGGCAAAAAGGGCCGUGCUAGAUUUUGAGUGGCAGAGAUCUCUUAGGCAGACUGUGUGUGAGAUAGAGGGAGGAGGUAUAAUUUUUCGCACACCUAAGACUAUUUUGUUGUUUUCUUUCUUUAGAAAGGGGCGGGAGGGAAGGCGAGAUCAGUAACUCAGCGCUGCUACACCUGAGGCUCUGCGCCAAAGAAAGAGAGAGAGAAACUGACAUGGAGCAAAUUAAUAGAGAGGCUAUUUGAGGGAAAUUAUUCAUUCAUUCCCCCCAGCCUGGAUCAAUAGGAAGCAAGGGAUCUGGCUGAACCUGCAAGAAGGAAGUGUUUAAUUUAAACUUUAACAUUUCAAAAUCGCUGCCUUUGGGAUGGAGAGUGAGACAGAAAUUUGAUAUUGCUACUACUACUAAUAGUAAUCCCUGAAUAAAUAAAGACAUGGAACAGCUCAAAAGCCUUAUGAAUACUUUGUCCAGGGCAGGCUGGCAGGGGCUACAAAUCCAUCUUGUUUUGUUUUAAAUCGCCACAAAUCGCAAAGAGCACAAGCAGCGGCGUAGUGUGGGUUGUCAGCACCCGGGGCAAGGCAAGUAUUUUGGGCCCCCUAACCCGGGGCAAGGCAAGUAAUUUGCGCCCCCUAACCCGGGGCAAGGCAAGUAAUUUGCACCCCCUAACCCCUAACCUGCCGCCGCUGCCAGCUUCUUCUUGCUGCUGCCUGGGCUGGUCUGGUGUGGUUCUCUCCCGCGCUCAGCGCUGCGCUGGGUGGCCGCUGCACUGUCCCUCCCCCAGAUAGUCCCUCGCUCUCUCUCCGCACCGCACGCCUGGCACCCACCCCCUCCACAGUGGGCGGCGACCCAGCGGCUCGGAUCGGAUUCGCACAGCCAGCACUGCAGUGAGAGAGAGUGAGUG